AUGGCACCUCAAAUGGAAUACGUCUCAAAAACCCAACACUACUUGAAAGUUAAGAAACCAAUGUUGGAGCGUCAACGUCGUGCACGCAUGAACAAGUGUUUGGAUCAACUCAAAGAAUUGGUGGCUGAAUUUCAAGGCAACGAUGCCAUCUUACGCAUGGAUAAAGCUGAGAUGCUAGAAUGUGCUUUGACUUUUAUCAAAAAAGAAGUUAAGAAACCAAAAGUUCCCGCCGUCAUACCUAUGGAUUCAUUCCGUCAUGGCUACAUGAAUGCCGUCAACGAGGUAUCACGUGUUAUGGCCGCCACUCCCGGCAUGAAUGUUCAUGUUGGCAAAUCUGUUAUGGUACAUUUGGGCGGUGAAUACAAUCGUUUGCUGAAAUUGCAAACAUCCGCUGAACAAGAUCAACAACAACAAAUCGCCAGCUCUGCUCCCAUGAGUCCUGCUUCUUCCGGUUAUCACAGUGAUGAAUGCGAUGAAGAUAGUUCCAUGUCUUCACCCGCUGUUGCUGCUCCUGUAUGGCGUCCUUGGUAGUUUAUUUUAUACUGCUAUAGAAUUAACAAAAAUGCCUCAGCUUUAAUUGAAAUCAACUCAACUGCGAUAUAUUUCUAACUGUGAUAACCAAUUUAGUUUUAAGUUUAACAAACAAAAAAGAACUGAUAGUUUUUAAACAAAAGCUUUAAUAAUUUUUAAGAAAAAAAAAACACAAACAAAAAUAUACAAAUAUAAUUUAAAAAACAAAAA